CAAGUAUAGACUUUGUCGCAGACUUCUGGAGCAUAUUAUGAAGGUAUUACAUUCUUUACCAUGCAUGAUCUGGUGCAUGACUUCGCGAGAUUAAUAUUGGACGAUAAAAUUUUGGAUGCUAGUAAAAAAGGCAGUACUCGGGGAGGCAGCUGCCGUUAUGCAUUGCUCACUGAUUGUAGCAAACCGUUGGGAUUAUUCUUGACUUGUCCUGACAGUCUAAGGGCACUGUGUUUUCUGGACUGCGGUAAUAUUGAAUUACGUGGCGAUAUGUUCUCAUCUGCAACGUCCUUGUGCAUCUUGGAUUUAAGUGAAUGCCGCAUAAAUCAGUUGCCAAAUUCUAUUGGCCACUUACAGCAUCUGAAGUAUCUGAACGCGCCAGGUAUUCGUGGUAAAUAUAUCCCGAACCAUAUUACGAGGCUCUUGAAAUUAAACUAUCUAAGCAUUAGUGGGUCUUCUGAAAUAUUAGCAUUGCCCGAGUCGAUUGGAGAAAUGGAGGAACUGGUUCAUCUUGAUUUGUCAGGUUGUUCAAAAAUAAGAAAACUGCCAGAACUGUUUGGCAAUCUUAAAAAUAUGGAACAUCUGGAUCUUUCAAAAUGCUCUGAUGUUACAGGAGUAUCAGAACAGCUGGGUAGCCUCAUGAAACUGGAAUAUUUGGACGUAUCAUACUGCAAAAAUGUUGGAAACUUACCAAGAGCGUUAAGCAGCCUCACAGAACUGCAAUAUUUGAAUUUAUCAUUCAGCUCAUACUUAAUGGGCAUCCAAGAUAGCCUCCUUGGGGAUGAAGAAUCAUACAAGUAUCCUGCAGAAAAUAUUUCAAAUCCUGCAGGCGGAUCCGGCAUAGUUGGUAUUGUUGAGGCAGAGAUCUUGGGCACCCUGACCAAGGUCAAAUAUUUGAAGUUCUGUAUAGAUGGAUUUUCUACAUUAUUGCUUCCAAAGCUCCCUGAGGCUUUGGGAUGCUUUAAUGAACUAAAGUAUUUAGACUUAUCAGGUUCUUCUUCACUGUAUAAAUUGCCAUCAUCAUUUGGGAAGCUCCACAGUUUACUACAUAUUGAUUUGUCAGACUGCUAUCGUGUUGAAGGUGUACCGGAAGCCUUGACUGGCCUAAACAAGCUCAGAUAUUUGAAUUUAUCAAAUUGUUCCAUCGGUGCAAAUGAAGAACUGCCGAGUCUAAGAGGGCUACAAGAAGCAAUUGCCAAUCUCACUGAACUACGCUAUUUAAACUUAAAAAGUUGUCUUGAAACUAUAUGUGGUGACCAACGAGUAGACGAAAGCAACGCUUUCCUAGGUCACAUCAGUGCUCUUUCCUAUCUAGAGCACCUGACGCUGUCAAGAAAUGGGAAUCUUUACAGUUUACCCGAAACUUUUGGUAAGCUCAGAAAGCUGCAUAAGCUGGACCUCUCAUAUUGUUGUAACCUCAGGAAGCUGCCAGUAAGUAUAUCUGAAAUCGGCAGUCUGAGGUUUCUGAAUACGGAUGGUUGCCGCAGUAUUGAUGAGUCCACGUUACCUCAGUUCAGAAAUAGUUCUUUCUUAUUACCUCACUUUGUGGUCCUUGCCGAUGAUGGUGAAUCUAGCAGCAAUAUUAUUAAGCUCAAGGAUGAAAAUCCUCCUAUCUUGGAGAUAAGCAGGCUUGAAAGAGUCAAGUCUUCUGCAGAGGCACAGAGGAUAAAUUUGUCGGGAAAACAAAGUAUUGGAAAAAUAAAAUUUGUAUGGACAAAAGGUGCUGAGAGAUUUGUGGAGGACAUUGAAGUUUUGAAAGAACUGAUGCCACCAGCCUGUUUAGAAUACUUCGAGCUACAAGGUUACAAUGGCAUAAGGUUUCCACCCUGGGUGACGAGCAUUGAGAGUUAUUUACCUCGUAUCAUCAGGAUUUCCAUUACGGAGUUGCCCAGCUGCACGACCAUACCACCACUCGGUCAAUUAGCAAACCUUCAAGAGCUGCAUAUCGAGCAAAUGGACAGCAUUACCAAGAUUGAUGGGGAAUUGUACGGCUGUGGGGGAGCUUUUCCCAAACUGACAACCUUUCGUUUACUAAGAAUGGAAAAUCUGGAAGAGUGGAACACAGAACACCCCUGUGGUGAGGAUGGUUCACAUGUGCUCGUGUUCCCUAUAUUAACCCUUUUGGCAAUAAGUGGCUGCCCCAAGCUGAGGAUUAAACCGUGCCUGCCUAGAGGUGAGUACUUCUUGGACAUAAGGAGUUGUGAUGACCUGCUAUCACCAUUGGAAGAGAGAUACCAGGUACCUGAAUCCUCCUACCCUGCUCCGAAAGGCCUUUUUGUGCAUUACUGCGAGCAGCCUCUGCAUGAGUGGAGGUUGCUCCACCAACUCCCUGGGAUCAGUUACUUGAGCAUCGAGCAUUGCAGUGACCUCACAUGCAGCUCAACAGAGAUCAUUCGAUGUCUCUCCUCCCUCGAGACUUUUUCUGUGACAGAUUGCGAAAGCAUUACAGCGCUGCCAGACUGGUUGGGAGACCUAACCAGUCUCAUGAGACUUGAGAUAAUCAAUUGCACUGGCAUCCAAACAUUGCCAAUGAGCAUAGAGCGACUCACCAACCUCCAAGACCUAAAAGUUUCAGGCUGCCCUGACCUAGUGCAGUGGUGUGAAUCAGAGAAAUCUAUGACGACGCUAGCUCACAUCAAGACUAAGGAAACUAGAAAACGCAAGCUUAUCUACAGUUUAGAAUCCUAUGGAAAGGCCAAGGAGCAGUAGGGAAAAGUGUUCCUCUACCGAUUUUGAGGGAGUACUUUUGAUGGAAAAGGAAAAUGUGCCUUACUGCU